UGUAUGGGGAAUUGGACAGGUGAGGGGGUUGGUUGGUUGAUCUGCUCUGUAGACGUUUGGAAACUCCGGUGGUAUGUAUUUCUGGCGUGUCUGCUUCAGGUUGUUAUUGUUUUGAUUCGUGCUUUUCGCAGAGCGUGCUAGUGUGUAAAAAAGUAUGCAACAUUCGGAUGCCACAUACUAUGCCCAGAUGAUGUGCGGGGUAUGGCUAAUCCUAUUUCCUUAUCCGGGAAUCGUCAGGAUCCACGCCAUUGGCUCCUGCUGUCACAUGGAUUCUUAACUUUGUUCACUUGACAGAAAGUAGGAGGGUUCUACGAAACAGGAAAACGAGUAAAGCGAUAGAUAUAAAUUUUAGUAUAUUUUGUGUGCAAUUCAAAGAAAUUAAUGGCCAUGAGUUCCUAUUUGAUCAACUCAAACUAUGUGGACCCCAAGUUUCCACCCUGCGAGGAAUAUUCACAGAAUGACUACCUACCCAGUCACUCUCCGGACUACUACAGCGCCCAGAGGCGAGAGCCUGCGUUUCAGAAUGAGUCGAUCUACAACCAGCGGUCGGGCUGCGCCGACCCGCCAUACACGACGUGCCAGGGUCCGGGGCAGCCCACGGUGGUGAUAUCUCCACGGGGUCACGUCCUCCCCCCAGCCGGACUCUCAACCCCUGUCCCGGAGCCUAGCCACCAUUGCGACUCCGUAACUCCAAGCCCUCCACUCGCCUGUGGCCAGAAUCCCCUCAACCAAAGCCCUUCCACGGCCAGCUCUCGCAAGGAUCCCGUGGUUUACCCCUGGAUGAAAAAAGUCCACGUAAACAUCGUGAAUCCAAAUUACACAGGGGUGGGUGAGCCCAAGCGCUCGCGGACAGCCUACACGCGACAGCAAGUCCUGGAGCUGGAGAAGGAGUUCCACUACAAUCGCUAUCUGACCCGGAGACGCAGAGUGGAGAUCGCCCACACCCUGGUUCUGUCCGAGCGCCAGAUCAAAAUCUGGUUCCAGAACCGGCGGAUGAAAUGGAAGAAAGACCACAAGCUGCCCAACACAAAGAUCCGCUCCAACAAUAACUCCAACAACACAAACUCGCAAAGCAGCGGGCUCGCGUUGGGGAGUUCUCAGAACCGAACCAGCGGGCCUCCACCGAGCCUAUAGCCUCCCUCCUCCCCUAACCAUCCACCACCCACCCACCAUGCACUUUGAAACCUCCGUUUCUGGAGUUGGAUACAUGGAUUCCACCAUGUUUUUACCUCCCCCUUCAAUUCAAUUACAGGGAUAUAACAUGUGUGGGGGAAAGAGAAGGGGGAGUAAAAAACGAAGAAGAAAAUGUGUAUCUCAAAAAAAUGUAGAAGGGGAGAAGAUUCAAACACAAACACUUCCAAUGAUGUGUUCACAACCUGAUCCAGUUCCCUUUUUUAUCCCGUGCCCCUCUCCUACUCUCAUUCUCUCUCUCUCUCUUUCUCUCUCCCCCUCCAUUAGAACAGAAGGCGGCAGAUACUUUUCAGAUUUGGUGAAGAUGGAUCCGUGUUUCAUCUUUAAUCAUGCCAAACUCGGCCCCAUUUGUCAUGUUUACUCUGCAGUACAAAGGAUGAACCGUGGGCCUGCCCAUUACCUCGACGUCCAACGUUGUGUUUAAUAAAUGAGCCCUCUUGUUUUGUCAAGAGCCGUUUUCUUACUCCCUUUUCUCUCCUCAAUACUAAAAAAUACACCGAAUAUGUUCUCCGAACAUGAAGUUUUUUGUAAGAGAAAAUAUAGCUGAAUCUCAGUUAUAUUCUAUGUUUAUAUAAUAAGACUGACAACGAUUGUGAGGUCCGUUGCUAGUUCAUUUUUACAGGGACUCGUUUUUCCUUCUUUGUUUCUAGCAAAGACAGGGUGCAUUUGAACAAAAGAUGGUAAAUCACGGUAUUAAACAAAGGACAGUCGUCGCAGUGGAAUGAUGGAGCUGGACUUAUAGAAUACUUACAUAUAUGAACCAAAAUCUGGUACAAACCUACCUAAGCAUUAUAAACACAGCACUACAAUGUACUACCUAGCUAUUAUAAUUACCUCAGUUGUACUUAUGUUCAUUAUUUGCUUGCCUUGUGUUAUGAAGUGACAGGUUGAGCUCAUUUGAAUUUUGUGGCAAGUAUCUGCAAUACGAACAUAUUCAUUUCUUGUAAGUGAAAUGUAAUUUAAGCAAUUUUGUUGGCCAGGGAUGUAAAGAGAAAAGGUGCGUAUAUUGCAUGACUGAAUACACAUUUAUUUGAUAUUU